AGACAAAUGUCCCUACUGAUGUUCUUUAGAUUUGAGAAAAACCUUUUAGUUGUUUGAUCUUUGAAAAGAUGUUAUUGAAAUGAGGAUUUUCUGCAAAAAAUUCAAAAAGAAGAAGAAAAAGGAAGAAGAAAAAAAGAAAGAAAAAAAGAAAGAAAGAAAGAAAAAAGAAAAUUGUGAAUGAUAGUUGAAGACUGGUUUAACCGGAAAAAAACAGUGAGAAAAAGAAAGAAAAAAAAAAUCUGAAAUAUCAAAAACCAUUAGUGAAUUGUUGCAUUUAGAAAAUAAGGGCCUGUUGCUAGUUGAACUUAUGUUGCUGAAAGGCAUGCGCUUUUGGAGGCUGGGACCAUUAAAUGUGGAAUAACGAUGUCGAUGGCUCAACUACAGUGUGCUAGGGGACAAUUCAAAUGUCUCCGAGGAAGCCAAGGCAAGUCAAUUGCAUGCAAUUUUAGUUGCAGAGCCUUGUCAAUGCUCGCACUAUUGUCAUUUGUGUCUCACAAAUGAGACAUAAAGAAGGAGGCGAGGGUGUUGACUAUGCAUGCACACCCGAAGAAGUGCAACAGCAUUUCCAAUCAUGUGGUACUGUCAACAGAGUGACUAUUUUAACUGAUAAAUUUGGUCAGCCGAAGGGCUUUGCCUAUGUAGAAUUUCUUGAAGCUGAAGCUGUUCAAGAAGCCCUCCUUCUGAAUGAAUCUGAGCUACAUGGACGGCAACUGAAGGUUUUGCCCAAGAGAACAAAUGUUCCUGGUAUGAAGCAGUAUCGUCCCCGUCGUUAUAACCCAUACAUGGGAUUUAGAAGACCUUAUGCCCCACCGUAUUUCUAUUCACCUUACGGCUACGGGAAGAUGCCUCGGUUUCGAAGGUCGAUGAGGUACAUGCCGUACUAUUAGAUGCUAACAUUGUUCAGGUUUAAUAAAUUUUUCCUGAAAGAGUUGGCACAUGCGAUCCUCGAGAGAAUACAGAAAGGACAUAUGUCUAUAUUUAUGAUAUCUGCUAUUGUUUUUACUAUCUCGGAUAUUUACCAUGAUCAAAUACUUUGCCAUUUCAAUAAGAUUUUGCCCUAUGAUUCGUUCAGAAUA